CCAAAUCGGUUAGGACUUGGUCUUCGUCCGCCUAUGCCUUCUUACGGCCAGGGUCCCUCAAUAUCGGCUCUCGCACAGCAGCAGCAAAUGCACCACCCACAAUUCGUGCCUCCUCAGCCACGGUCAACAACUCUAUUUGUUGGAUCAAUUUCGGGUGGUAUCACUGACAAUUUCCUGAAUGCAUUGUUGGGGGUAAGUGCUUCUGCAUCCGGUCAUCUACAGGCUGUGAUAUCUCAUCCAUGCUCGUCAUUGCAGGCAUGCGGCCCCAUUUCGUCUUUCAAACGCCUAAUAACCCCGGCGAACAAGCCGCAAGGAUUCGGUUUUGCCGAAUUUCAAGACCCUGAUGGUGCGUUGCGAGCUAUGACACUGCUUAACGGGGUAGAGUUGCCAGCAUUGGAGGAUGGGUGCGCCAACAAAAAGCUUCUGGUGAAAGCGGACGAAAAGACAAAGAUGUUUUUGGAUGCAUAUCAAGCCCAGCGUAUGAUAACAAACGCUGAGGAGGAGUACAUACGGAGAUGCAAAGCCCGAGUGGACGAGUUGCUUCAGGAUAUCAACAAGCAAUCACAAGAAGCCGCCAGUAGUGGGCUCAUCGACAAGGAGAAAUACGUUAUUCCUCCCCAUCUACACGAUCUGCAGGAAGCCGAUCUGCCCGAAACCCAGCGCGGGCUCGUGAUGACCGAGAUCGCACAGUUCCGCGAGCGUGCAGCGAAGAGAGAACGGGAAAAAAUGCGCGAUGUGCAGGCUGCUGUGCCGGGAAUCCUUGGCACGCCUAGUGGACCGAAGCAGCGAGAGUGGGGCAAGCCACAGCUUGGAUCACAAUCAUCGCCGGACGCAUCGAAGGGCUUCGGCAAGGGCGCACAGGGGUACAGCAAACCUGUCGGCUUCGUGAGAGCGGAGGAGGACGGCAGGUCGCCCACUCCUGGCAGCCGCAGUGAAAGUGUGCGGCCUGGCAAGACAGACGAGGAACUGGAAGCCGAGCGGAAGGAGGCGAGACGGCGAGACGAGGAAAACUCUUACAAAGACCGUGAACGUCGGUAUGAGCCUCGUGAACGUACUCGUAUUUCAGCGCUCGAGAGAGCCAUCCUGCGCGAACGUGCUACGAAGGAGGCAGAGGACCGUGACCGCGUCGAAAUGCGGGGACGAUUGUCGAUCUGGGACGACGAUGAGAGCGACGAGCUUUUCUAUACAGACAGAACUCGGUGGCGUGCCCUGCGUGCCAGGAGACUGGCUACUGAGCAGGCGGCAGACGAGGAGUCAAGAUUAUACGAAGAACGAGAAGCAGACAACUUGCGCAAGGAGUCUGAGGAAUUCCUAGCGCGUCAGAUGGACGAGAUGCAGGCGCUACAAGAUGAACAGCGGAAGGCUGGAAUGUUGCUGGACGACGGUGCGCCUGUCAAGCUUAAUGUUUCUCUGGCGGCAGCGACUGCGCCGAAGGCUGAGGCCCCUCCGAAGGAGAAGGCCACGGUCUUCGGGCAGGAGGAAGAGGAAGAGGAGAGUAUCCGCAAGCGGAAAGCGCCUCUACCGAGGCUCGACCUUGCGGAGGGAGGCGAGAAGGCGAAGGAGAGGCUUGAGAAGAUCCGAGAGUCCGUGACCCGCGACAAGGAGACUCUGUUCAAGUCAAAAGUCCGAUGGGACGGUUUGUCCGACACCAUGAUCGAUCGCAAGCUGGAGCCAAUGGUCAAGCGCCAGAUGACGAAGUACCUGGGCGAGCUGGAGGAUGACGACCUUGUGAUGUUUGUGCUCGAGCAUCUCAAAGACCACAAGGGCCCCCAGAAGCUGAUUGAGGGCCUGGAGCCGGUGCUGGAAGAGGAGGCGGUCGAGUUUACGAUCCGCAUCUGGCGGCAAAUCAUCUUCGAAAGCAUGGCAUAUGGUGAAGGCCUGCACACCGAGAGAAUGACGGUCGACUGACGUGGAGGGCGGUGCCGUUGACGCGAUAUUUUUGGAUUGCAGUGGGGCAGUGCCCGACGACGCUAUCGAUAUGGUAUAUGUAAUGCGUGCCUGUGCUGUCGAAGCUCGCAUACUGGGAGGGUAAAGCAGCGCUGGGUGCUCGUGGAUCGCGUCGUAACACCCAGUUCGACAAAUCAUCACCGCUAAGUAGCCAC